AUGGCAGAAAGAUCGUUUUCAUACAAACCUCUGCCAAUAGAACCAGAGAUUGUUGAGAUUGGGCAUGGGGAGAUCUGGUCCAAGAUACCUAAAGCAAAUUUGAUCAUUUCUUCUGAGUUUUACGCGAAAAAUGUGUCAAAAAUAGGUUUAAAAUUCGAUAUUCCGGAUAUUACAGACAGAAACAUACUUGACAUAGUCAUCGAAAUCAUCAACUUGAAUUCAAUCGAUAUUCCAGAGGAAAAAUGGCAAAUUAUUCGAAAUAUUUUACUAAAACUCGAGUGCAACGACAUAUUAAAGAACUUAGACAAUCAAAUAGAGAAAAUACUCAACGAACGCGCCAAAUUAAUGGAAGAAAAGCAGAGAGAAACCGAAAAUCCAACAAUUUCUGUUUUCUUCAAGCUAAAUACUGGCGCAAACGUAAUUGUGAAGCAUCUCAAAGCUAGCAUGCUCAUAAGUGAAGCCAAAAAGCUUAUAUCUGCCGUAACAAACAUGAAACCAGACUCAAUUUUGUUUCAAAUUAAAGACACACUUCUUCCGGACGAAAAAACUCUCUCGCAAUGUGGACUGACCAACAACUCUAUUAUCACAUUCUUUUACGAUACUCCUGAAUACAGAGAGGCUUUACGAAGAAAGCAGCAAAUGCAACAAGCAGCUGCAGCGAGAGCAGCACCACGGCCACCUCCUCGACCACCAGUACAAAAUACAAGGGUCCAACCUCAAUUAAAUCCAGUACAAAAUCAAAAUUAUAAUAUUCCUCAGAGAAACAUGGCCGUUGGUGCCCAAUACUUACCUAAUAUUCAAAACAGAGCACCCAUGGCACCAAAACCUCCAGUUACAAAUCAAGAUAUGGUUAUGCAGCAAUUAAGAGCUACAGAAGCCAUGACACCUGCUCUUUUGGAGCGUUUGGCUCAUAAUCCCCAAUUGUUGAUGCAAUAUUACCAACGAAUUCGCAAUAAUUUGACGAAUCAAGAGCAAAUCAGACAAAGACAGCAAAUGACAGCACCAACAACACCUGCUAAGCCUCCUCCUCCGAAACCUGUUCAAACUCCCCCGCAACCAAAGAUAGAACCUCCAAAACCAAAAACAAAAGAAGAAAUUGAGGCAGAAAGAAGGAAAUUGCUAGAAAACAUACAAGAAACAACAACGCCGUUGAUGGAACCAGCGGAUAAAUCACAGUUAAUUGUAAUUUUGCCAAAUCUCAAAAAAGUUGGUGUAAAACUUAAAUCUACAGCCCUAAAAAUAGAGAAACUGAAGGAAGCCGUGUGUAAAAACACUGCUUAUGCACCUGAGAAACACAAACUAGUGUACGAAAGAGUUACAAUGCUCGAUACAAUGAAAUUGUCUGAUUACAAACUAGCAGGCAGAGCUCCAGUUUAUUUAUUACCAAAAUAG